AAAAAAAUCUGUCCACUAUCCAGUCUGGUCGACGUGUGCAAGAAGCUCGUUGAGCCCGUCGCCAGCGAAGGCGCGCUGAUGUGAGCCGUAUGACGGAGUGCGCGCGCGAUUUGCACUUCAAUUGCGUAGACUUUUGCCGAUACCUUGAUUGGAAAAAGUUGUCUUUACGCCGGCAGACUGACUGAUACGUAGAUUGACUACAUUCCAGUGAGACGUGUGCUCAUCAGUUUGAAACGUGUUCGUUCUCGUGGGUGCAAGUGCGCGUAUACACUGAUGGCGAAAAGCCUGUGUGUGACUUAUUUGUUAUGGCUUACGAUGGGUGCCCUAGGCGCACAUCACUUAUACCUUGAUCGCGACCGGCACGCUCUUGUGUGGUUGAUUACAGUGGGUGGUUACUUCGGCCUUGGAUGGAUCAGAGAUAUUUGGCGGAUUCCAUAUUAUGUCAAAUACGCCAACGGAGAUCGCGAGACUGUUGACAAAUUGAAAGAAAAAAUACGCAAGCAUGCGAAGCCGCCAUCGAGUACUGUUAGGUCCAUAGGGCAAAUGAUUGUUUCAGACGCCCUCGGUUACAUGAUAUUGUACGCCAUACCGGCGGAGUACGUUCCUGAGGAGUACAUGGCUUUCGCUGCUCUACCAGUGCCACUGGCUGUGGCAAUAGGUGUCCACUUGGUUGGGAAUAUAGGUGAACAGAAAGGCAAUUUCAAGAUGCCAUUGCUGGGAGCAUACCUGACAUACCCCCUCUACUUCUUCAGCACGCAUAGUGUUUUUUGGACCAGCCUGGCUUCCAGCUACUUCUUCAAAAAUUAUGCUAAAACAUGGCGCCUUCAGCCACGACCUGCCAAGCCGUUGUGGAAACGGCUGACUGUGUUCAUCACGUGUGGCCUGCUUUACAGUUCCCUGUGGGCCUCAUGGCUAUACUUCAACUGUAGCAUGACUGACAAUGAUGGCACAGAGGUCAAGUGCCGUGACUCAAUUUGGCACUUCUUUAGCAGCCCGCUCUGGCAGGACUUCAAAAGUGUCAUUUCGGCUAUGUACAACCAAGUACGACAUCAGGGAUGGAGUGAACUUUGGCGGCUCUUUAUGACGGCUCUUGAUCCCCAAGGAGAAGCCAAUGCUGUUAAGGUUCUUGGUGUUGAACCGAGUGCUUCUCAAGAAGUCAUCACAGCAGCUUAUCGCAAGCUGGCUCGCCAGUGGCACCCUGAUCGCUUUAAAGAACAUGGUAAAAAGCUGGAAGCUCAAGAGAAGUUUAUUGAGAUUCAAAAGGCAUAUGAAGUCCUGUCCAAUUUGAAAUCGCGACGACUAAAAAAGAAUGCUCAAGAACCUGGAGAUUCAAGUGAUACUCACAGCGAGUUCUGAUGUGCUCAGCUGUUCAGAUGUGCUGGGGGCAGUUUUUGUCUGCCAAUCAGACUUUAUAUUCAAUAUGAACUUCCUUGGUGGCAUUGUUUUUACAUGUUUUGCAGGAUAGGUGCAUGCAGUGGUGCCUUUUUUUUUCUACUGAUAUAUUUUGGCAGCACAGCAUUAGUCAGUGGGCAUCAUAAGGUCACGGGUAGCACAUUACUUCCCUCACUUCGCACAAACACCCAUGCGUAGUGUCCAGCUACCGAAAUGCUCAAAUAUAUACUAAUUUUUUUAGUAUAACUGUGCCUUAAGAUAUUUUGGUUGUGUGAGACAUUACAUUCCAAAGAUUUUUAUUUAUCUAUCCACAUGGCUUUUGUUUACAGCAAAGUAAGUCUUUCAUACUUGUGUUUAAAUCAUCAGGUAAAUGUGAAGUGUUCCAUGAAAACUUGUGGUACAGUACAGUAAACAUUGUAGAGCCAUUGUACUACUUUUUAUGCGUCAGAUGCUGCAUACAUGUGUUUUAAUGAUGUGUUGCUCAGGAGAGUACUGUUUGGAAUGUCAGAACCAGAUUUUUAUUGCAGUGAGAGCUAGCUUGGCUUUGGUUAAUGUUCUUAAUGUUAUUAUUCCUUGCAAAUGAAGCUUUUGAGGUGAAAAUGAGUUCGACACUGUUAGCAUAUCAUCACUUGCAUAUUUAUAUUGAACUUUUCGAUCUAAAUAUUGCUCACAGCAUUUUACAAGACUUCAAUGUAUGCAGUGUGUAAACUAAAAGAAAAGCUUCAUUUUUAAAAAUGCACCACUCUUGUGAUGUCCAAAGACUGAAAAGAGUGCAACUAGUUCAGGGGGCAUUUGUGCUGUGACAAAGCAAAUGUGCUUUGAAAUGUUGUGCAAUAACCAAGCCUUUUCCUGCCGUUUUUUGUUACAUCAUUUGUACUUGUAUGUGUAUGUAUGUAGUUUUGUAUUUUUUGUAUCUUUUGGCAUUAGUGUUUGUUGCAUGGCUGAGCUUAUUCUAAUACUUCCAAAUGACGUGUACAAUGCUUUCAUCUCAGUACAUUUGUACUUGUGCACACAUGUAAAUUGCACUAAACCAUAAUACAAAUCUUUUUCUUGUAUCGAGGCAAUAAUAUUUUUCUGUGCCUUACAGGAACAGUGAGCUUACCUAUUGUGGAAUGUUUUUACAGAUUCCACUGUGGUGAUCAAGCUUGCUAAAGAGCAGCUUUCUAAUGUGAGAAAUUUAUGGCCAUGUCUUGCUGCCGUAUCUGUGAUUACUAUAGUGUGUCAACCUCUACUGUUUUUGGUAGGAUUUCCACGUUAUCUUAUGCAGUGAUUUAGUGGCAAGCUCUGCACUUUGUGUAAGCACAUAUAGUCACUUACAAAGAAUCAGAGGGGGUGUUAAUGGGAGAAAAGAGCAGCUAUGUGACAAAUAAGUUGCCUGUUAUAAUUCUGUGUUUAUAUAUUCAUAGUGUAACGCUUGGUCUGAUGCAAAUGCUGAAGAAUGUGUGACUGUUACAAGUAUGUCAUAAAUGCCUUCACUAUGUUGCUACCUGCAUUACAUGGAAGGCUCCAUGGCACAGAGAGUUGUACGAGUCGGCAUGUGCAAUUGACUCUGCUUCAACUCAACUCUACAGCCAUCAGCCACUAAGAAUCUAUUGUGAUCACAAUUAUAGGUUGUAGAGGCGAUGGCAUGGUCUGCACUGUCAUUCUAUUGCAUGGUGCAUGGUCUGCCCAAUCAUUCCAGAACAGAAAUAAAUUAGUAAAGGAAAAUGUGCAUAAGGUGUUCAUUGCGAUGAGUCGAAGUGAUCCAAGUGGCGGCAUGCGCACUGUGACACAUUGAGCGAGUGCUCUUUAUUACUUUUUACAGUAGUGUAGGUCUUAGUAAUGUCUCAGAUGUCAUUUAAUCUGCUAUAGAAUACUAUUUCCUUGCAAACCCCAGCAACAUGCAGUAGUGAUUUCUGGCAGGUACCCAGAAUACAAGAUGUGUUUGUUUGUUUGGUGAACAGUCUAUGGUAUCUUUCAGGUGGGGGGGGGGGUACCUCUAAAACAACUUAGGGAAGAAACACCCUGAAUUUUCAGUCUUUCCAACAAGGAAGCAAGUAUAAAAAUGUGCAUCCGAAGGGUGGAAUUGAAAAACUUUAUUACGCAACUUGAUGGCAUGUUGGCCAGAACUACUGUAUCUUGGCAGUGGUUUCUGCUUCACAGGUGAGAUCGCAAAAAGAUGUGCAGGACUAAAAGAGUGUUAGCUUGUGAGGGUGAAAUACAUUAUCAUAGGGUGGCAAAUUAACACAUUGGAAGGGUCAAGUAGCCGUAGACCACAACGAAUAAAAUUGUCACACUGGCUCAGGAGUCAAGAGAACAACACUGUGAAUAACUGCUGUACAACUGCACAUGUACAAUACAAAUUAAUACUCGAAAUGAAUUGCUUUUUUAGUUUUGUAAUUGUUUUAAUAUUCUUUUUACUCUAACACACUGUAGUUCAAUUACUUUUACAUGCUGUAACAGGUGAUGUAGCUUUCAGCACUCACAUUUGGUAUUAAACGUGCAGCAGAACAACUGAAGUUGGGCGAUGCGACAACUUUGAGGAUGUGCCUUCAGAAAGGGCAAAUCUGGGUGCUCAGUAUUUGCUCCCUCUUCCUAACACACCACCAGGAGUUGGCUGGCAAUUUGAACUGAUGUGUGACUGCCUCAACGGCAGUGAUUGCAUGGUACAUUGAUACCAGAAAAUCGGUCCAGAUUAUAUUUCCUGCUUUUUGCUUGACCUACUGAAAGUGCAUUCUUCAAGCACGAGCAACAAUAAAAGAUUAUGUUUUGCAAGACA